AUGGGGUUGAGUAAAGAAGAUAGUAUUAUCAACUUGUCUCCUUGUGUGGACUAUUGUCUCAUAUCUUACUGUUCUCUCCCAUGUGGUCUCCCAGGCUGGGUGGAGGUGCCAGCUCUGGGACGGCCCAUUCACCCUGGAAUGCUGUAUGACUCUUGCUCUGAGUCCUUCACUCCAGACAAUAAGAUAAAAGGGAAAUUAUCCCUGCCGUUCCCGUUCACUGAGACCAAGGUAAUAGAGACAGACUCUCUGCAGGAGAGGUUCAGAGCUCUGGGACUGGAUCAGCCAAUCAGAACCAGUUUCCUGUCUGGACUGGUGGAUGUGGAAGGAGCUGCAGAGUAUCUAAACCAUCCUCUCCUGCACAAAGGCGACUAUGUGACUCUGCACUACAAGAGAACCACCCGACUGGAUCAGCUGACUUCCUUCCUGUUAGAGAAGGUGAGGCGUCCUGAAGUGAUUCAGCAGCAAACAGCCACACACGUGGUCAUGGCUGUGACAUAUGGAACUCAGGCCUUCAUCGUUUGUAAGACAAACAGAACAUGGACCAUGAGCAAAGUUAUCAAUAAACUGAAGAAAAUGAUCCAACUUCUCACAGCAGAGGACGGAGCUGCUCAACUAGCUAAAUCUUCUGGUCUCACCUGUACCUACUACGGAGAUCUUGAGACAAAUAGAGGUGAUAGAGAGAUAACGGAUCUCUGUGAGUCCUUCCCUAAGCUGCUGGGGCCCAGUGGAGAGAAGGAUGUUCCUCUGAGAGUUUGGCUCUGCCCUCUGAAGAACCUGUACCCUGCAGCACCCUGUGUGAGGGAGAUCAGUGAAGACCUACAGUCCAGGGUAGAGAGAGAAAUGGAACACUACAGAUGCACAGGCACAAGGUGUGAGGAGAUAGUAAAGCAUGAGUGGGUCAGUAAAGUUCAGGACCUGAAGGAUAAAUUGAUCAAUUUUAUAGAUCUCAUUCAACAGUACCUAGCUCAACUGCAGAAACUCAUGGGUAGAGUUUUGGUGUCUGUAAGGUCAGGAGUGCAGGACGAGAAAGCUGUUGAAGAAGAGAUGAAAGGUCAUGAUCUGUCCCCGUUCAGAAUGGAGGCAACAGGACAGUGGCUGGAUGACAAACAGGCUGAGCUGAAGUUCCUUGAAUCUCUUGACUCUAAAAUCAGAUCUAAGAUGGUGUCUACAGACCAGCUGCAAAAAGUAAUUAGUAAUUCAAAGACAGACACUGUGGUGUGUUUCACUCUCACCUCUCUGGGUGAAACAGACCUGUAUCUCUCAUCCCUGAAGCAGCAUCUUGACAACCUACAGACAAACUCACAGACCAGGCCUGGUCACCACUACCAGCACAUUCAACCCUGGUUCAAGUCUGAGGAGAACAAGGAGAGAGUAACAACGGCAGCUAGAGCUUUUCUUGAUUUCAUUAAGGUCACCAAGAAACUCAAGUUUGCUGCAACCUCCAUUCCAGAUGAUUCCACUCCUGGAGCCUCCAUCCGUCUCUACCAGGGAGGCAGGUUAGUGAACUCUGACUAUGAAGCUGUGUCAAAGCCUGAGACUGUUAAGGUAGUAGACACACGGCAGAGUAGUGUGACCCUCCGCUUAUCCCCGUCAAAGACUGGACACACUGACAGGUUCAGAGUGGAGUACAGACCUGUCAGACCUGACCUGUUUUUUCUCCAUGAGGAGAAGAACUGGAGAAGCAUGACGACCGGAGAAAAUGGGGAAACCUUUGUGAUAUCAGAGACAUGA